UGCCCCUCACAAUCUCCUACACAAGCUGAAUGAAAUACUCUGUGCCCCUUAAAUCCUCCCACCUGAGACGAAAAAACGAGCACUGAACACAAAUGCUUGAUCAUGAUAAGGAACACUUCAACCAGUAGCUUUUGUCUGUUCUGAAAGUCAUUGAAUGGGGAGGGGGGAAUGUGGUGAUAAGAAAGCUAAUGGUCUCCCCCUUUCGACUUCAUGGGUGACAACUGGUGGGUUGAUUUCUUGGGAAGGGUUUAAAUGCCAGGGGGCUGUAGGCAUCCAGCAGAAGAAGAAGAAAGGAAGAGACUGAGUAAGCCAAGAUUGCUCCAAGCUCCACUCUCAGAUAACAUCUUCUUCAGGAGAUCUUUCACAAUGAAGACUGCUGUGAUCUGCUGGUGCCUUUUCAGCAUUGCCUUGGCUUUGCCAAUUCACCAUGAAAAAGAUGGCCAUGUUGAGAAGGACUGGGGAAUAAAGAAGAGCGCUGAGGUUAAUUCUGAUCACCAGGGAAAACAAGCUGAAGCAGCCAAAGAAAAAACUGAACAGGAACAUUGGUUUCUAGAAGGAAGCGAUAAAACUAAGGAAGGAAAGGACCAUUCAUCUCCAGCAGAAAGUGAUAAACCUAAGGAAGAAAAGGAGCAUUUUUCUAAAGCUGAAAGCGACAAACCCAAGGAAGAAAAGGACCAUCCUUCUAAUGUUGGGAGCGGGAAAACCAAGGAAGAUAAGGAUUCUGAAGAUAAGCCUACUUCCAAGAGCACUCGGGCGCUGAAAACACCGAAAUCAUUUGCUUUGGACGUGAGAGAAGAUGACCAGGAGGCUCAGGAUGCUGAAAACCAUUCUGCUGUCAAAGAACUGCAAGCUCUAUUAGAAGAUUUUCGGAAGCAGGAUGCUGAAAACCGUCUUGCUGACAAACAACUGCAAGCUCCAGCGAAAGGUUCUCGGAUGGAAGUGCAAGAGUUCAUCAAGAAGUUUCAGAACUCACCUGCUUUGUACUUGACAGAGGUUGACCAAGAGGAUGCUGAAAGUCAACCUGUUUUCAAACCACUGCAGUCCCUUGCAGAAGCUUCUCAGAACUCACCUGCUUUGGACUUGACAGAGGUUGACCAAGAGAAUUCACCUGCUUCGGACACCAGAGAGGAUGACCAAGAGGAUGCUGAAAACCACCCUGCUGUCAAACAACUGCAAGCUCCAGCAGAAGAUUCUCAGAGUGCUCCUUCUUCGGAUGAAGCUAUAGAGAAGAUUGAACCACAAGUAUCCUUUUUAACAGAAGAAAACACUAACGUUGCUGAGCAACAGGUCUUUGAUGAAAGUGAACCGUCAGCCGAUGUCUUCGGGGAUUUCCAGGACAGUGAGGAAGCUGAAGUUUGAAGUGUAGAAGUCUAAUAUGAAACCUGUGCCUCUAACAUAACUACUAUCAUCAGAGGUCUUUGAAACUGCCUAGCAUUGACAAUGAAAUUUCUGCUUUCAAAGCAAGGAAGAUUAACAUUAAAAUGUGGACAGAAAUCAGUAAUAUUCUUUUUCUCAGCUAGGCAGAUGGGAAACUUGUUUUCACGUCAACAUUUAUUUUCAAGAAUGAGUUUGAUUUCAGUUAGUAAAGAUCCAAAUACAACAGGCUUUGUUAUAUAAACAAAUUGAAGCCUUUUAGUUCUCAUUUCCACUAAAGCAAUGCAAGCCUUUCUGUGUAGCUCAUUUUCAUUUUCAUCAUAAAAAGAAAGGGGGGAAAAACCAGAGAGUCUUCUGUGUGAUUCACAUUUAAUGAUUUUAACACUUGAAAUAAAAUGCUAUCUAAAUGA